UAACUUGUGGGUGGACACCAGGGUGUGGUCUAAAUAAAGAUGGCGGACAAGACAGAGCUUUUCAAAGCUGUUGUAAAGACAAUUAAACUGAGGGAAAAGAAUAAGAAAGAAGACAAGAACGCUCACUCGCUUUUAUUAAAGAAAAAGAGAAAUAACAGCGAGUUUGAAAGGCUGGCAAAAGAAGGAGCUAAACUUAUAACUGAGCUAAGAGAUUUCUUAUUAAAGCACAGGAAAGAUUACAUUGAUGCGACAAGUUAUUUAGCCAGUGAAUUCGCUUCAAUGAGCGAUGAAGAAAGAGACCUCAUUGAUUCUGGUGCUCAGGACUUCAUUAAAAGAUGCUCUGAAAUGAUUACCCAAACUAGAAAACUAAUCAACCACUUUAAUACAGACGUACCUAAUGAUAGUGGGCGUGGUCAAGAAAAUAGUGGGUGUGGUCAAGAAGAGGUCAAGACGCAACAGAGAAAAGAGCAUAGGGUGAUGGUUAUUGGUUUUUUACAAGUUUAUCUAAAAGAUGUCUGUUCAUUAUAUAGUGAGCAGAAGGCAAUACGAGUGAAGAGAAUUGUUGAGAAAAAGAAAGCUUCUAGAUUACAGCCAGAGAGAAGAUCAAAUAGCUCACCAAUCGCUGCUGUAAAACACACCAGUUUAGAAGAUGUUAGCACUACUGGUCAGACCAGUUCCGCUACCAGUCAAACCGGUUCUAGUACUAGUCAGACUAGUAGUGAUGCUCCUGUAGCUACAAGUGGUGGAGGUUUUAAUUUUGAAGAAACUUUAACGUCAGAAGAAAGAGAGAUGUUCCAGCAGGAGAAUGCUUUAAUGAUGAGUCAUAUGUCUUCUUUGGUUGAUGAAGUGCGUCAAAUUGAAGGAAAAGUAUUAGCAAUCUCAAAACUACAAGAAACAUUUACUGAAAAUGUACUGAGACAAGCGGAAGGGCUCAACGCUAUACAUGAGAUGACAGUAACUUCAACUGAAAACGUGAGAGAAGGAAAUGAAGAAAUAAGAAAUGCUAUCAGAAACAAGGCUAGCCUACGCAUGUGGAUUCUAUUCAUUUUAGUCGUCUGCUCGUUUAUCCUGUUAUUUCUUGACUGGUACAGCUGAAAGAGAGAGGGAAAGGAAGCAUAAGACCAGCUGUCCUUUAUAAGUCCCUCUCUUCAAUAUCAUGUAGCAUACAAUGUUAAAAGAUGAUGAUUUUACUGUAAAAAAAUCACUUUAUUUUCAAAAAUUGGUUGCACAAAAAAACAUUACAAGUUUCAUUAUCAGAAUAGCAAAAA